CCGGAAGCCAAACAAAUAUUUCAGAGAUGGCGAGUGCUCUGAAGAUGGGAUCUCAGACCCUCACUCACCACCACCGCCACCACCACCACCACAACCACCUCUACUGCCACCGCCAUUGCCACUGCUCUCUCUGAUCCACUUUUCCUCAUCCUCCUUCUUCCCGUCUUCUUCUUCCUCCUCCUCGGUAUUACUUGGAAUAUUACUUCGGCACACAUAUUGCUUCUUCCUCAGGUGCCUCUUUUUGGGCCAGUUUGAAGAAGCCAGAUGAGUUCAAGAUUUCCAUCUCAUCAACUUAGUAAUGGCCUGUAUGUAUCAGGCCGGCCUGAGCAGCCAAAAGAAAGGACUCCUACAAUGAGCUCAGUUGCCAUGCCUUAUACUGGUGGUGACAUCAAAAGGUCAGGAGAAUUAGGGAAAAUGUUUGAUAUCUCUGGCGAUGGUUCUAAAUCUAGAAAAUCUGGCCCAUUAAAUAAUGUUCCCUCAAGGACUGGAUCUUUUGCUGGUGCUGCUUCGCAUUCUGGACCAAUCACACCAAAUGCAGCAGCUCGUGCUAGUUAUACUACAUCUGGUAAUGUUGCUUCAGUCUCGAAGAAGACCAACUCUGGUCCAUUGAAUAAACAUGGGGAACCAAUUAAGAAGUCAUCCGGUCCUCAAUCUGGAGGGUAUACGCGCCAAAACUCUGGUCCAAUUCCGGUUCUUCCCACCACCGGUCUGAUUACAUCUGGUCCUCUGAAUUCAUCUGGGGCUCCAAGGAAGGUGUCUGGUCCAUUAGAGUCCACAGGUUCCCUGAAAUCACAUAGUUCCUCAGUUGCUCACAAUCCAGCUGUGACCACACUCGGCCAAGGUGAUGAAUAUUCCUUCAUGAGGAACUUCCCGAAGCCAAUACUGUGGUCUGUAGUUCUGAUAUUUGUGAUGGGAUUUAUUGCUGGUGGUUUCAUUCUUGGAGCGGUCCACAAUGCCGUCCUCCUCAUUGUUGUCGUAAUCCUGUUUACUGCUGUUGCUGCUUUAUUCACCUGGAAUAGUUGUUGUGGGAGGAGAGCUAUUGUUGGUUUCAUCUCGCGUUAUCCUGAUGCUGAGCUCAGAACUGCUAAGAACGGGCAAUUUGUGAAAGUUUCUGGGGUGGUUACCUGCGGUAAUGUCCCACUUGAGUCCUCCUUUGGAAAAGUUCCGAGAUGUGUCUAUACAUCAACAAGUUUGUAUGAAUACCGAGGAUGGGGUUCAAAACCAGCCAACCCUAAGCAUCACCGUUUUACAUGGGGAAUCAGAUCAACUGAGAGGCACGUGGUGGAUUUUUACAUCUCUGAUUUCCAAUCUGGACUGAGAGCACUGGUUAAAACAGGCUAUGGUGCAAGGGUGACGCCUUAUGUUGAUGAUUCUAUCGUAAUUGAUGUCAACCCAGCCAAUAAAGACAUGUCCCCUGAUUUUCUUCGAUGGCUAGCGAAUAGAAAUCUUUCAAGUGAUGAUCGUGUAAUGCGAUUAAAAGAAGGGUACAUCAAAGAAGGCAGCACAGUUAGCGUAAUGGGAGUUGUCCAGCGAAACGAUAACGUGCUUAUGAUCGUGCCACCACCGGAGCCUUUGGCAACAGGAUGUCAAUGGGCCAAAUGUAUAUUUCCAGCUAACCUUGAGGGUAUUGUUUUGAGAUGUGAAGAUACCUCCAAGAUUGAUGUCAUUCCAGUGUAGCAGAAACCUCCAGUUAGGUAUUCUUCUUCCCAUGUCAAAACUUGAUGCUUGUUUGUAGCCCAAGUGUGAUGGCGUUGCAAGUUCACUCCUUUGGUUCACACUAAACUCCUAGUUUGUUGUAUAGCUAAUGGUAAAUCUUAUUCGUUUAUUUUUACCGAGGAUGUGGUUUUAUGUAGUGAGAUAAGCUGUAUUUCCCAGAGGAACUUGCUGUUAUAACCAAACCAAUUGUUGGCUUGGCUUUACACCUUGUCUAUACUCUGCAUAUGUCGAAGUGUAAGAAGGAUACCUAGUAAUUUUGUUUUCUUUGAGGAGAGUGUACCAAUCAAAUGAACCAAAAAACUGUGUAAUUAUUCUGUUUACAUUUUGAACUUCAUCUCACUC